UACAGUAAACGUAGAUAGUUUAUGCUCAGUUACAGGCGGUCACAGUAUGAUUGUCCAGACAUACUGUAGUAGCAGCAUUGCUGCGGCCUUAAUAAACCUUUACUGUAAAUAUGUAUAGACGAGAUGAUACGGUUUCAUAGAUCGAUGGUAUAUAUCAACAGACGGAGAGAUGCUUUGGCUUAACGCAUUGCCCUUGUAAAACGGUCUUAAAUGAGUUAGAAACAGCGUUUAUACACAAACACUUCGUUCACCAUUUUAAAAUUAACCUUGGAAUGUCGGGCCAUAAAAUGGUUGUGCUGAUCUGUAUGGAUGGAAGCAAACACUCGGAUUACGCCCUUAAAUAUUACCGGGACCACAUCCACCAGCAGAGCAACAGAGUUUAUGUCGUACACUGCGCACAUUACCACACUGAACAUUGGCAGACGUUCUCUAUGACGCCCGCUGAUUCUGCCGUUCUUCAGUCAAUGAUCGACAAGGAUAUCGAGAGAAUAAGCAAGGUCGUAACGCAUCUCAAGGCCACCAUCGAUGAUCUCCAGUUGACUGCAGAAAUCAUUAAAGUCCAUGGAAAUCCGGGUCACGCACUUGUGGAAAAGUCCAAGACAAUCGGUGCCUCCAUGAUCGUGGUGGGGUCACGCGGGGUCGGCACCGUUCGGAGGACAUUUCUUGGAAGCGUUUCGGAUUAUCUCGUUCACCAUGCUCAUAUGCCAGUUCUUGUGUGCAAACAUCCACAAGAUAUAUAAUAACUGAGUGAAAACAUGGCAGUUACCCAUAUAGAGGACCAGUAGACGACCAGAAUGAUGUGUAUAACAGAAACAGACUGUCAAUGGUUAUUACAUGGCAAGUUAUAAUUGACCAAAUUACUUUAAAAAAAAAUAAAAAAAACAUUAAUGAU